CGGAAGACAGUUAUUUUGGGACCCACUAAACACUGCCACUCGUCUUCUCUUCUCUAUAUGAGAACCUCAAAUCCUCAUCUCUUCAUCAUCUUACAAUAACGACGUCGUAUUCCAACGUAUAAUGCUCUCAGUUUCUUUUCCCACAUCUCUCAGCACCGCCGUCAAUUUCGCCGGCAAAACCAUCUCAUCACAACCGUGCCACGUCAGAUCCCGGCGAAUUCUAAUUUCUGCCACAGCCACCGCAACUGAAGCUACCUCUACUAAGCUUUCUCACGCUAUGGUUUCAUCUUCAUGCACGUCGCUGUAUGAGAUUCUUGGAAUUGCGACCGUUGCUUCUGAUCAGGAGAUUAAGGCAGCUUACCGGCGACUCGCGAGAGUUUCACAUCCUGACGUGGCGACGGUUGAUCGGAAAGAUUCGUCGGCGGAUGAGUUCAUGAAGAUUCGUGAUGCGUAUUCUACGUUGUCAGAUCCUGAGAAGCGAGCUAGCUAUGAUAGAAGCUUGUUCCGGCGUCAGCAACCGCUUACGGCGAUGAGAUUUUCUGGACAUGGUUGUCGGAACUGGGAAACGGAUCAGUGCUGGUAGCGAGUUGACUCGUCCGAGUGAAGCCAGAGUUGAACCGAUAUUACUAUUUUUCUUUUUAGAUUUUUCCAGAAAAAUGGUAUGAAAUGCAAAAAAUUAAAAAGAAAAUUGAGUUUCCUAUCUUUUUUACUAUUUUGUUUUUAGAUAAAAUGGUAAUUAAUGUUUCUAAUUGUUAUGUAAAGUUAAUGGGCAGAUUCAGAUUGUAUAUUGGAUAUUUUAUAUUAUAAUGUUGAAUUCAUUUCUUUCAA